UCCACUAUAUAAGCCACCCACCUCAACGUCCUUUGUUGUUUCCAUAUACACCACCAUUCACAAAGUAACAAGCUUUUCUCAUUUUAUGAUCGGCUUUGCAUUUGGGUAUCAUUGCCAUAAUAUAUCAGGGAACAAGAACAACAAAAAUGGAGGCUCCCAUGUUACCCCUUGGAAGGACUUCUUCAAUCGAAAGGGAACCCAGAACUCUCAAUAUCCACCAAAUUCAAUCGGCUAGGGAACUGGCAAUAUAUAUAUUGAACACAAAGACCAUAGAAGAAGCUUCCAGAAUUUUCACGGAGGGGUUGCAACCAGUGGUGAGUGGCGCUUGCUGCUUAGGAUCCGGCACAACAAUGGACAUAGACAUAGACAUAGAUUUGGGUGAAGAACUGGAACUGAUGAAUUCCAAAGACGCAACAACACAAGUAGCUCCAGCAGCAGCAUUCAGGGACAUAGCAUCAGCACCUUUCUAGAACAAUAAUUCAACAACUCAAUUGACUUUGAGUUGUGCAAUAAUUGUAGAAAUUGUACAUAUCUUGAGUUGAAGUUUUGGGUUCCCAACAAUUUCAUUUGAUUCGUUAUUCCUUUUUCCAUUGGAUGUUUUUCCAAUGUGUUGGGUUGUUUAACUGCCUCAUCUUGCAUGUUUAAGUACACGACAAGGCGUUGUAAAAUAAUUGGAACUCGAUUAUAUAUAUAUAUUUAAAAUUAUGGA